UCCCUUUUCACCUGCAUCAAAAAGUCUUUGGUGUUUCAUCUGAAGAUCAUCCUCAUAAUUCAAUUUUCUUCCAAUGGAGUUGGGAAGCGUAAUUGACUUCCUUCAGGACAAGAAUGUUCUGGUCAUCGGUGCCACUGGCUUCCUUGCCAAACUCUUUGUGGAGAAGGUACUUAGAGUUCAACCAAAUGUGAAGAAACUUUAUCUUCUAUUGAGGGCCUCAGAUGCUGAAUCUGCCACUAAACGACUGCACAAUGAGAUUAUAGAGAAGGACUUGUUUAGAUUGUUGAAGGAAAAUCUGGGUGCAAAUUUUAAUACCUUUGUCUCAGAAAAGUUAACUUUGGUGCCUGGGGACAUCUCUCAAGUGGACUUGAAUUUGAAGGACUCUGUUCUCCGUCAAGAGAUUUGUAAUCAAACUAAUGUUAUAAUUCAUUUUGCUGCCACAACUAACUUCCGUGAAAGAUAUGAUGUUGCGUUGAGUAUAAACACAUUAGGAGUAAAGCAUGUCUUAAACUUCGCCAAAAAUUGUAUUGACUUGAAGGUUCUUGUCCACGUAUCAACAGCAUAUGUAUGUGGCGAGGGAAGAGGGCUCAUACUAGAGGAUCCAUACCAAUUGGGUAUGUCGCUAAAUGGAAUAUCAGGACUAGACAUUGAUGUGGAAAAGAAAAUUGUUGAUGAGAAGCUGAGCAUGCUUCAAGAAGAGGGAGCCUCAGAAAAUGAAAUUAAAAUGGCUAUGAAGGACUUGGGUAUGAAAAGAGCAACUCAAUUUGGAUGGCCAAACACGUAUGUUUUUACAAAGGCAAUGGGAGAAAUGCUUGUAGGAACUCUGAAGGAAAACAUGUCUGUUGUUAUUGUGCGGCCUACAAUCGUUACCAGCACUUACAGAGAACCUUUCCCAGGUUGGAUUGAAGAUGUAAGAACCAUUGACAAUUAUUUUGUUGCUUUUGGUAAAGGAAUGUUAAAAUGCUUCCUUGGGGACCUUAAUGUAGUUUGUGACGCGAUACCAGCUGACAUGGUGGUGAAUGCAAUACUAGUAGCCAUGGUGGCUCAUGCAAAUCAUCCUUGUGAUAUCAUAUAUCAUGUGGGUUCCUCUGUUUCAAAUCCAGUCACAUACCAUAAUCUUGAAGACUACACCUUCAGAUAUUUUACUGCAAAACCAUACAUAAACACAGAUGGAAAGCCUAUCAAGAUUGGCAAAGUUACAAUACUGCACAACAUGGAUAGCUUUCAUAGAUACAUGUUCAUUCGUUACGUGCUUCCAGCAAAGGGGCUAGAGCUGGUUAAUGCAGCAUUUUGCCAUUAUUUUGAGCAAAAACGUCGUGACAUAAACAGGAAGAUCAAGAUUGUAAUGCAGUUGGUUGAAGUCUUCAAGCCUUACUGUUUCUUCAAUGGCGUAUUUGAUAAUAUGAACACAGAAAAGUUGCAGAUAGCAGCAAAACAAGGUGGGGUAGAAAUGGAUUUGUUUUACUUUGACCCAAAAAUGAUUGAUUGGGAAGACUACAUCAUGAAUAUCCAUUUCCCUGCUCUCGUCAAAUAUGCCUUCAAGUGAUUGAUUCCAACUCUGAAAUCUGAAUUUGUUUAUAGCUCUUGUCUUUAGAAACUUGUAAUGUUCCUUGAGUAAACUAUGCUUCUGAGAUUAUAUAAUGUUGUGUUAAUAAUCAUGGAAUGUAAUUAUAUAUAAUCUAUCUUACAUGUGGCAAGUACUUCAGAUUUUAUAUAGUUACUCAAUAUUUAUAUAUGGUAUGAAUCAACUUA